AUGGUCCUGUUUGCAGGCCUCUUUGCCGUCCAUGUCUGGCAAGCAUUCAAGUAUAAGAACCUCUGGCUAGGUCUUGCCUUCUCGCUUGGGGCUUUCGGAGAGUUCACGGGGUGGCUCGCCCGCACAGUAGCUUGGCGCUGUCCAUACUCUGUGCGACUGCUGGAGAUGCAGCUUGCUGCUCUGAUAAUGGCCCCCGCCUUCACGACAGCCGGUAUCUAUGGUGUUCUCGGUCUAUUGAUAUCCAUAGUUGGCCAAGAUAGAUCCCCUCUCACGCCCAGACAAUACCUGAUUAUUUUCAUGACGGUCGAUUUUUGGAGUCUUCUUCUUCAGGCUGUCGGUGGUGGUGUUGCUGGUGCUGCUUUCAGCGCACAUACCUCUUACUGGCCCGGUACAUAUACGAUGGUAGCAGGAAUAAUCUGGCAACUUGUCUCAACCUGUGUUUUUACUACAUUACUCGAGUACGUGAUCUAUCGUGCAGUAUACCAGAUCAUGCAAAAUCCAGCCCUGCGCAAAAUCACUUCUUCCCUAAUGAUUGCAUGCACGUGCAUGGUGGCGCGGGGAAUCUACCGCAGCAUGGAGCUGAUGAACGGGUGGGAAGGCUAUCUCUUUACGCACGAGAUUUACGCAAUAAUUCUGGAUGCCCUGGUCAUGUUUAUCGCUAGCUUGGCGUUGGCAGUCUGGAAUCCUGCUGUGUUGCUCAAGGAGGCUAGGAGGCAUCGCAGCACAGAACUUGUGCAGCUUCGUGGGGGCGAAAGCCAAGAUGCAAAGAAAGGGCAUCAUCAGUAUCAGCCAGUGCAUGAAGACCCUAAUUCUGGGUUAAUGGGGUAG